GAACAGUGCUGACCAAGACAUCAGUGCUAGGACACUGAGCAAGUUAAAGCCAUAACCAUGCUUGUUUUCCUGCUGAUCGCAUCAAUGUUUCGCCAAGGUCUUGCAGUAGUGAGCUACGGAGACAACUUUAUCACUGUCUUUCCCGAGAACAUUGGUUUCUUUUAUCCAUCUCCUACCACGAACCGUCUAAGAGUCACGACCCUUCAUGACAACACCAACAUCAAAGCCUUCUACAAUAACGUGCUGAAAAUUUAUCAAAUUCCAAUGUCAGGGCAAACCUUAAGUAUUGUGUUUCCAAAGUCGGCUGAAGUAAAUCAACUAGGCCCCUCGACUUUAUCUGUCAGAAUUACCAGUGACAAAGACAUCACAGUGGUUUCUAUAAGUUCCCAGAUGGGCAGCACUCAGACCUAUGUCGUCCAGCCAACUGUAAAUCUUGGCACAAACUAUUUGAUCCCUUUGCUGGAUUACCCAGACUAUCUUCAAUCUUUCAACCUACCUACGCUUGUCAGUACAACCAUAAGAUACAGCUCAUACAAGUUACUCAUUAUCAACGCAGUGGACAGUCAAAACAGCGUCACUAUAGUCAAGAAAACGCCAGGUGCUGGCGACGAGACGUUCAGUAUCGAUCCCUACCAGCUGGUCCAGCUUCAGACCAACGGUUCUAUUGUGAGGGUCAAAUCGAGCAAAGAAGUCGCUGUGAUAUUGACUCACCCCUGUGUAGAGACCGAGAACUGUAAUUGUAACAUGGUAAUGAAUCAGAUUCUUCCCACGGAGUUUUACGGUCGGAGAUUCAUCUUGCCUUCCAUCUUCAACGUGGCCGAGACCAAGUUACUCAUGCUGUCAGAAAACGCGUCCGCGCUAUUUUACGCUGGUAACCAAUUACAGGUUUCUGCCUCGACGCUUCUGCCAUUUACAGACCUGCAGAAAUCCCAGCUGCUUAAUUCUACGGGGCCAGCGUCCCUCAGACUUUUCAGUCCGGGCCUCAUUGUGGAGCUGAUCCCAGAAAACAGGUUCUCUGCUUGCUACCUGCUGCAGCUUUCUACCGAAAAUGGCAAGGCUUUGGUGAUCGCUGAAACAAACAGUAAAGAUGAUGUGCACACAAACAGAGGUUUGCUCUCGGCAUCUGACUGGACCGAAGUCGCUGGCACAAUCUACUCUUCGGUUAUUGUAACUAUACCUGAUAAAUUUGCCACAAUCUGGCAUCCAACAUCAAGGAUUGCCGUUUAUAUGCUGGAAUAUAUAUCUGCAAAAGUAAUAUUCGCAAGUCCGGCUAUACCAAUCAAUACAAAACCAGAUCUUCAUGGCUGUGUGUUGAUUCCGGGAGCAUUUGCGAUUGGAAAAGACCCUCUGAAUUGGAAGAAGUCUCGCGAGUAUUGCAUGAAUAAUGGAAAUCAGUUUGCCUGUCCUAUAACUGAAGCUGUCCAAAAAGACAUGGCUGAUAACCUGACCAAGGAGGAUGGGGACGGCUGGAUCGGUCUCCGUCGCAGUUUGCUAACUACAGACUGGUAUUGGCAGGAGGAGUAUGAUACCCCAAUCUCUGUCAAUUACCUCCACUGGGACUACAAGCAACCGCUGGACCUUUUGAAGGGCUUUUGCACUUCAGUGUCCCUUGACCCUAAAAAUAAUUUCAAAUGGCGAAGUGCACGCUGCUGUGAUAAAAAGAAGCCUGUCUGCUACAAAAGGCCAGCGUAUCUCAAUCCCUUAGGCACUAUUAAUAGUAUCAAUUUUGUUUAGUGCUCUUUGGUAAUGCUAUCCUUUAGGUUCGUUAUUUCAUAUUUGUAUCACCUCCUGCAUAUCUGAGCUGUAUUUUUAAUGAAUGUAAUGUCUUCAUGUGUUUUAGAUCAUAGUAAAUUACACUAAUGGCAUUUUCAAAUUAUGUCAAGCAGUUAAUAUCAUAAAUUUAUCUAUAGACGCUUUAAACAUCAAACAGUCGCAUCCUGAAUUAAACAGCUUUUUUAUUAGCUUAUAGACAACAACUGAAAUGGUAGCCGAAAUUACUGUAUGAAUGCCACAUCAACAAAAUAUAUAUCACUAAAAAUCACUUUAAAGUGUUUUAUAUAAGAAAUCAAUACGAUAUAAAGCGUGCUUUAUUUAGUGCUUUAUUUUAUUUUACAUGCUUCAUUUUAGUAUUUUUUUUCCACCACCGACUACAUCUACCGGUUUUAUGCUCACAAUGGAAUAUAGUGACUGAUUAAAUAAUGUUACAUAGCAUACAUAUCUUUAAUCAAAGCAUGUAGUGACAAUUUAUAUGUACAUCAAAUCCACAGGAACAUCGAAUAACGACAUUAUUUACAAAAAGGAGGCUAUUACAUUGAAAAAUAAUAACACCGGCACAGUUCUAGAGACCAUCUCACGCCUAGGGACCAAUGUAUUCUUUUUACUUUUUUAAAUAUAAAAGCAGUGGUGUGUUCACAAAUCUGUUUUCCAGACACACAAUUUGACAAAUGAACUGACUAAGACUAAAAUUAAAACUAGCAUAGUCCUUUAGUUCAGACAGCAUCUCAAAAGGGCAGCCUAUUAAAAUAUGAAUAGAACCUAACAUUAUUGGCUGAAUUUAGCUUUCAGUUAACUACUAAUUCUUUGAGUCUCGUCUGUCAGUCGUGAAAGCUCUGAAAAGUUCGUAAUUAUGAACGCUUGGUGGCGCUGUGUGUUUUUUUUUUUUUUUUUUGACGAUCAGAUCAUUUUUAAGAUCAGUGGUUAGUUACAAUAGCUCUUUUAAAAGGAGCAGCAAAUGUAUAAAAAUAAAAGAAAG